CGCUUAACCUCAUUGGGGUGGAGGAGAAGGCGGCGGCUGUUUGGUCCGCAGCGGCAACAGUAGCGAAUAAUACGGCUAAUGGACUGCUGAAUUAUGAAGAAUUUCAGACCCAAGCGUAGAACCUCACUCUGCCACUCACUCCUUUAUCUCCUACUAGUUAUUUAAAUUGGACUUUUAAUAUCCCACCAGCUGCUCGUCAGACACACAUGGUGCAUUGUUGCCAUUCCCCGGAUUGCAUCUUUGAAACACAGGCGCUUAGUAACCUUUGGCGAACAAAGAGGCAGCCUCCCGGGUGCGUUUACUGGGAGGCUAAGUGGACUGCCCUCUAGCUUCUGCUGCAUCUGGAUUUGAACUCCGCCAUGGAGCCUCGCAUGGAGUCCUGCCUGGCACAGGUGUUGCAGAAGGAUGUGGGGAAACGACUGCAGGUUGGCCAAGAACUUAUAGACUAUUUCUCAGACAAACAGAAGUCUGCUGACCUUGAACAUGACCAGACCAUGUUAGAUAAGCUUGUGGAUGGGCUUGCUACCUCUUGGGUGAACUCUAGCAAUUACAAGGUGGUUCUUCUCGGCAUGGACAUCCUGUCUGCGCUGGUCACCCGGCUGCAGGAUCGGUUCAAGGCGCAGAUUGGCACAGUGCUGCCAAGUUUAAUAGACAGACUGGGAGAUGCUAAGGACUCUGUGCGAGAGCAAGACCAGACUCUGCUGCUGAAGAUCAUGGAUCAAGCUGCUAACCCCCAGUAUGUGUGGGACCGGAUGCUGGGGGGCUUCAAGCACAAGAAUUUCCGGACUCGGGAAGGCACGUGCCUCUGCCUUGUUGCCACGCUCAGCGCCUCCGGAGCACACACUCUAACACUAAGCAAGAUCGUGCCACAUAUAUGUAACUUACUUGGAGAUCCAAACAGCCAGGUUCGAGAUGCAGCAAUAAACAGCUUAGUGGAAAUUUACAGACAUGUAGGAGAACGUGUGAGGGCAGAUCUCAGUAAAAAAGGAUUACCACAGUCCCGGUUGAAUGUAAUUUUUACAAAAUUUGAUGAAGUCCAGAAAUCUGGAAACAUGAUCCAAUCAGCAAACGAUAAAAAUUUUGAUGAUGAAGAUUCUGUGGAUGGUAAUAGACCUUCCUCUGCUAGUUCUACAUCCUCCAAAGCUCCACCCAGCUCACGGAGAAAUGUAGGAAUGGGGACCACCCGCCGGCUUGGGUCCUCUACGCUUGGAUCCAAGUCUUCAGCUGCAAAAGAAGGAGCUGGUGCUGUCGAUGAAGAGGACUUUAUUAAAGCAUUUGAUGAUGUACCUGUAGUACAGAUUUAUUCCAGCCGAGACCUGGAAGAAUCCAUAAACAAGAUUAGGGAAAUAUUAUCUGAUGACAAGCAUGACUGGGAGCAAAGAGUAAAUGCUCUAAAAAAGAUCAGAUCUUUACUUUUGGCUGGUGCUGCUGAGUAUGAUAACUUCUUUCAACACUUGCGUCUUUUGGAUGGAGCCUUUAAACUAUCUGCUAAGGACCUGCGGUCUCAGGUAGUGCGGGAAGCUUGUAUCACGUUGGGGCAUCUGUCGUCGGUUCUGGGAAAUAAAUUUGACCAUGGAGCUGAAGCCAUUAUGCCAACUAUCUUUAAUUUAAUUCCAAACAGUGCCAAAAUUAUGGCCACUUCCGGUGUUGUAGCUGUUAGGUUAAUCAUUCGGCACACACACAUCCCUAGGCUAAUACCUGUCAUAACAAGCAACUGUACCUCUAAGUCUGUCGCAGUUAGAAGGCGCUGUUUUGAAUUUUUAGAUUUACUUUUACAAGAAUGGCAGACACAUUCACUGGAACGACACAUAUCAGUAUUAGCCGAAACAAUUAAGAAGGGAAUACACGACGCCGAUUCCGAAGCAAGGAUAGAAGCCAGAAAGUGCUACUGGGGUUUCCACAGUCACUUCAGCAGAGAGGCGGAGCACUUAUACCACACCCUGGAAUCCUCCUACCAGAAGGCCCUGCAGUCCCACCUGAGGAAUUCGGACAGCAUCGUGUCCCUGCCGCAGUCCGACCGUUCGUCCUCCAGCUCCCAGGAGAGUCUGAACCGGCCGCUCUCUGCCAAAAGAAGUCCUACUGGAAGCACCACCUCUAGAGCUUCUACGGUCAGUACCAAGUCCGUGUCCACGACUGGCUCCCUCCAGCGGUCUCGAAGCGAUAUUGAUGUGAAUGCAGCAGCCAGUGCCAAGUCCAAGGUCUCGUCGGCCUCAGGCGCUACACCUUUCAGCUCUGCAGCAGCCUUGCCUCCGGGGUCCUAUGCAUCCUUAGAGUCCAGACACAUGAGGGAAGAUAUGGAGUCCGUAGGCCAUGACUCAGACGGUACUUCCACUAAAGCGGAGGGUCGGAUCCGCACGAGACGACAGAGCUCCGGGAGCGCCACCAACGUCGCCACCACACCCGAUAAUCGAGGCCGCAGUCGCGCCAAAGUGGUUUCACAGUCCCAGCGAUCCAGAUCUGCUAAUCCUGCUGGUGCUGGCAGCCGGUCAAGUUCCCCCGGAAAAUUGUUGGGAAGUGGCUAUGGCAGCCUUGCUGGGGGCUCCUCGAGAGGCCCGCCCGUGACUCCCUCUUCAGAGAAACGAAGCAAAAUCCCCAGGAGUCAGGGAUGCAGCCGAGAAACAAGUCCAAACCGGAUAGGAUUAGCACGGAGCAGCCGUAUCCCUCGACCCAGCAUGAGUCAGGGGUGCAGCCGCAAUGCCAGCUGUGAGAGCAGCCGCGAUACGAGCCCCGCUCGGGGCUUUCCUCCACUCGACCGGUUUGGGCUUGGCCAGGCAGGAAGAGUACCUGGCUCUGUGAAUGCCAUGCGGGUUCUGAGCACAAGUACAGACCUUGAAGCUGCUGUCGCUGAUGCUUUGCUGUUAGGAGACUCCAGGAGCAAGAAGAAGCCUGUGAGGAGGAGGUACGAACCGUACGGCAUGUAUUCCGACGAUGAUGCCAACAGCGACGCGUCGAGCGUGUGCUCCGAGCGCUCGUACGGCUCCCGGAACGGCGGCAUCCCCCACUACCUGCGACAGACCGAGGACGUGGCCGAGGUCCUCAACCACUGCGCCAGCUCCAACUGGUCCGAGAGGAAGGAGGGGCUGCUCGGCCUGCAGAACUUACUGAAGAGCCAAAGAACACUGAGUCGAGUAGAAUUGAAAAGAUUGUGUGAGAUCUUCACUCGGAUGUUUGCUGACCCUCACAGCAAGAUUGCUGAUUCAGAACCAGAAUGUGAGGAUAAAGAAGGAAAUUUGUUUCCGUCAGAAGGCUCUUGUACAAGAGUUUUCAGUAUGUUUUUGGAGACUCUGGUGGAUUUUAUAAUCAUUCAUAAGGAUGACUUGCAAGACUGGCUUUUUGUUCUUCUCACACAAUUACUUAAGAAAAUGGGGGCAGAUUUACUUGGAUCUGUGCAAGCAAAAGUUCAGAAGGCUCUCGAUGUCACGAGGGAUUCCUUUCCAUUUGAUCAACAAUUUAACAUUUUGAUGAGAUUUAUCGUGGAUCAAACUCAGACUCCUAACCUCAAGGUCAAAGUUGCAAUCCUGAAGUACAUUGAGUCCCUCGCUAGGCAGAUGGAUCCAACAGACUUUGUAAACUCUAGCGAGACGAGGCUUGCUGUUUCUAGAAUUAUAACCUGGACGACAGAACCAAAGAGUUCAGAUGUGAGAAAGGCAGCGCAAAUUGUGCUGAUCUCUCUGUUUGAAUUGAACACUCCUGAAUUUACCAUGUUACUUGGUGCCUUGCCAAAAACCUUCCAGGAUGGUGCCACCAAACUCCUGCACAACCACCUCAAGAACUCGAGUAACACCGGUGUGGGCUCUCCGAGCAACACGAUUGGCCGGACUCCCUCCCGACACACCAGCAGCCGGACCAGCCCCCUGACCUCCCCCACCAACUGUUCCCACGGGGGCCUGUCUCCCAGCAUGCUGGAGUAUGAUACAGAGAACCUGAACUCUGAGGAAAUUUACAGUUCCCUGCGUGGAGUUACAGAAGCCAUUGAAAAGUUUAGUUUUCGAAGCCAAGAGGAUCUGAACGAGCCAAUUAAGCGAGAAGGCAAAAAGGACUGUGAUAUUGUGUCCCGUGAUGGUGGGGUGGCGUCGCCCGCCACGGAGGGCCGAGGAGGCAGCGACGCGGUGGAAGGCGGCAGGACGGCCCUGGAUAACAAGACGUCCCUCCUCAACACCCAGCCUCCACGCGCCUUCCCUGGGCCGCGGGCGCGGGACUACAGCCCCUACCCCUAUGCGGACACCAUCAGCACCUACGACAAGACGGCCCUGAAGGAGGCCGUGUUUGACGAUGACAUGGAGCAGCUGCGAGAUGUGCCCAUCGACCACUCUGACUUGGUGGCUGACCUUCUGAAAGAGCUGUCCAACCACAACGAGCGGGUGGAGGAGCGGAAGGGCGCCCUGCUGGAGCUGCUCAAGAUCACGCGGGAAGACAGCCUGGGCGUCUGGGAGGAGCACUUCAAGACCAUCCUGCUCCUGCUGCUGGAGACGCUCGGAGACAAGGACCAUUCCAUCCGGGCGCUGGCAUUGAGAGUUCUACGGGAAAUUCUGAGAAACCAGCCUGCAAGAUUUAAAAACUACGCCGAGCUGACGAUCAUGAAGACUCUGGAAGCCCACAAAGACUCCCAUAAGGAGGUGGUGCGAGCAGCCGAAGAGGCAGCAUCCACACUGGCCAGCUCCAUCCACCCGGAGCAGUGCAUCAAGGUCCUGUGCCCCAUCAUCCAGACGGCCGACUACCCCAUCAAUCUGGCCGCCAUCAAGAUGCAGACCAAAGUCGUGGAGAGGAUUGCCAAGGAGUCCCUGCUGCAGCUCCUGGCGGACAUCAUCCCCGGCCUGCUGCAGGGCUACGACAACACCGAGAGCAGCGUGCGGAAGGCCAGCGUGUUUUGCUUGGUGGCGAUUUAUUCCGUAAUCGGAGAGGAGCUGAAACCUCAUCUUGCGCAGCUCACGGGGAGCAAGAUGAAGCUCCUGAACUUGUACAUAAAGAGGGCCCAGACCACCAACAGCAACAGCAGCUCCUCCUCUGACGUGUCCACACACAGCUAAUGGCGGCACCAGAGUCUCCUUGUGUUGCCCUAGAAGCAAUCGGUGGUGCCUCUCAGAGACCUCUCCCCACCCUCCCCCUCAUCGGCUGCCCAGUCAGUACAAGGAGGCCCGCAAAUAUUUAUUACAAUCAGUAUUUUGGUCCCUUCCA